AUGAACAAAACUCACCCGCAGAGAAAUGGUGAUGUGCCUGCUUUUGAUUCAGCAAAGUCCUUCUCUGAGGAAAGAGUGCUCAUCCUCGUCCUCGCUCUCGCCGCGGGCUUGGCGGCGGCGCUGGGACUCCUGCCCCGUGCACCGGCGAACCGCUUCUGUGCAACUGCCAAUAACCGGACAGGCUUCUUGUGCAACGACGGAGCAACCUGCGUCCCGGCCAGGCGGGUCUGCGACGGAGUCGGCAACUGCGGGAAUGGAGAGGACGAGCAGGACGAGUUCUGUGGUGACUUGCCCCGCCGCCUGCCAGGAUACCUGGUUUUCCGCUGCGGAAACCCCGCGUACUGGGUCUAUGCCGAUCAGAGGUGUGACGGGAGGAACGACUGCGGAGACUGCUCUGACGAGAUGGGGAGCUUGGCCGCCUGCCCCCCGUGCGGGUCGGAGUGGUGGAGCUGCAGCCCUGUGCUCUACGAGUUCUGCUCCUGCGUCCCCAGGAGGCUGUGCCGGGACGGCAUCCAGCACUGCCUUGGCUGGUCCGAUGAGUACGUCUGCAGACCGUGA